CAGACAGACAGACAGACAGACAGACAGACAGACAGACAGACAGACAGACAGACAGUACAGAAUUCAUAAAGUUGCACAGCGGUAUGAAAUGGUCGCAAGGAAGAUGAUGAAUUCUUUGGAGUUGGCGUUGAAUACGGUCGACUGCUUCCGUUAUUGCUUAUAUGUUGUUUUUAAAAAAGUUUUAUGGAGGUUCAGUUAUGUAUAGCUCUGUACAUAAGUCUUUUUGUAUGGCCAUUUAUUUAUAAAAAUGCUAAGUAUUUUCAGUUGGUCUAAAUUAGAUAAGUAUUUAAGUUGUGUUAGGUAUAAAUGGAAGAACAAGAGUAGCUGUGUCUUCUUUCAAUGCAUUUCAUGGCAGUUCAAAAUAUAUGGUUCAUGAUUUGUGAUUUGUUAUUAAGUGCGGCACUAAGGUAAUGCUGUCAUUAAGGUGCAUAACUUGCAGUAGUUGAAGGACGGCUUGUGUUGGACUUAACAGGAGGCACCUCUACCAUAUUCUACUCAGUAGGAUAUAUGGUGCCUUUUAUAUAAUAUAUCAUGUUCAGCAUAAUGUUGCAAACAUCGUCGUUUGUGAGAAGCUAAAUAAAUGAUCUGGACUGUAUUUCACUGGAUAAUUGUGUUAUUACCGUUGGAGCAUCCAGUAUUUAUUACAGGUGACAGUGAGCAUUCCUUCCAUUCAUGAGACAGUUUAAUUAGAGUAGAACUGUAGACAGGAUCAACUUGCUUUGUCUCUACUCCAUAGCAACCUUUUGUUAUGUAUUUAAGGCUUUUUUCUUUUCAUUUGCAUUUGCAGUUUUUACACACAUGAAUAAAAAUGUUCAUAGUAUGUGUGAUUUUAUAAUUUUCUUUAAAUGUGUGUUGAAAUUGCGGUGCUCUUAACUGUUCCCCUUUCAUCUUUAAAACAGACUGUGGCUGUAGGUGCAGAUGGGUUCAGGACCGGCUUUCUGCCAACUGCAUACCAUUUCUAUCUAUUGUCCACAUUUUGAUUGGCUCUAGUUUUCAAAAGUCAAACCUCUGCAUGGGGUUCACUUUUUUCAAUCGCUGUGAAGAAAGCACGAAAGGCUGUCAUCAUGGCACAAUGUCUGAUGUCCAUCAAACUGCACAUCAAGUGCAGGUUAAACGGUCUCUCUUAGCCAUCGUCUUUAAUGGCUGCUUCGCGAAGCCGCAUGCAGGAAGUUGCUCUGAAGAUUCAGGCGGAAUAUGAUGGAAACGACACAGAAGAAAGUCCUGUCUCUCUUUGGCACCAUGAAGACAGGCAAGGCCCACAGACUAACUGACGCCAGCAGCUUGCAUCUCCGCCAAAGCCCCUUCAGCAGCUGCCGGUCCUACUUGGGGCAGGGGACGCCUGAGGGAUGGGAUGGGUAUGUCCGGUGUGGACCAUGUGUUCCACAAGGUGUGUGUGGCCCGCAUCGCCUCGAGUAGCAGCAAUUUUUACCCCCAACAUUUAAAAACACGCCAUAAUCCUUUUCGCGAACAUAACCGCACCAUCGUGGACCGCUAUCAUUUAAAGUUGUUAGUUACCAUUGUCUAAAACGAUGACAUGACAGAAAGAGGAGUUAUCUCCAAGGUAACCUAAUAAUUUCCAGGGAAGUGUAAAUUACGCACCUUAUUUUUUCUGACCUGUGGUGUGUGGGUGUGUGCUUUAUUUUGCAGGCAUGCAAUGCAAUGAAUUAAUUUACAAGUACAUGUACAUGGAGCCAUGGUAGGGCUGGCCAGUGUGUCUUUGGCAUGUUGUCAGAGCACACAUUGUGUUUAGGACUACAGGAGAAGGCCUUCAGUAAACAUCCUAGAGGACAUUCUGGAUACAGCUCUGCCAUUGCAAUGCCUGAAACUAACCCUAGUUCUUGUAGGUCAAAAGUACUGGGUAUGCUGUGCUGCAGAUAUGGGAAUGCUAAUAAUGAAUUUAUGACGAGACAUCAGGCCUGUAAUUGUGUCCCAGUUCCCUUUAAGGCUUCACGCAGAAAAGGAGGGGCCUUACUCCCUUUCAAAAUAGACGGUUGGGGGACGGGAUGUGGUGAGAAGUGUUGAGUAGUGUAUGCUGUUGGAAAAACCCUCCUGGCUGGAACCGGGAGGCAGCGAUUGCAACACUGACAGGCUUGUUGCUUACCCCCUCAGAUGUGAUUCAUGUGGUGCCUUGCUCAAUUUGACUCAAAACAUUCCAGUGUAGUGCUGGCGUGAGGAUUCCUUGUUCUCUUUUUUUAUGGUGAACACACAAGGUGGUUCUUGAAGGUAGAUGGAGCGUAUAUAGAUCAACUGUUGUUUUAACUUUCACACGCUUAAGUGUUUAAUCACAAUUUAAAGGCAUACAAUCUGCAUUUGAAAUCCAUCACAUGAAAGUAAGACAACACAAUCCACUCCACUUUUGAGUGUUGAACUGAACGUCUGACCUGUGGCACCGUGGUCUCGGUAACAGUGUGUGUUGGUGCAGGGUAUGGGGGAAGGGGGUCAGAGUUCGGGGGCGCUAUGUACCCGUCAAGCUCCCUCAGUCGAAGAUCUCAAGGCGACGGGCGGGAAGGUUGAGAAGAUGCAGAUGAAGCGGGAGAUCUCGCUGAUCAACGGCAUAUGCCUCAUCGUCGGCAACAUGAUCGGCUCGGGCAUCUUCGUGUCGCCCAAGGGGGUUCUGAUGCACAGCGGCUCUUACGGCCUGUCACUGGUCAUCUGGGGCCUUGGGGGCGUCUUCUCCGUGUUCGGCGCGCUUUGCUACGCCGAGCUCGGCACCACCAUCACCAAGUCGGGCGCCAGCUACGCCUACAUCCUUGAGUCCUUCGGUGGUUUUCCGGCAUUCAUCCGCCUGUGGACGUCGAUCCUGCUGAUCGAGCCUGCCAGCCAGGCAGUCAUCUCGCUCACCUUCGCCAACUACCUGGUGGAGGCCCUGUACCCCACCUGCCAUCCCCCCUACGACGCCAUCCGACUCAUCGCUGCUGCUUGUCUAUGUGUACUGAUCUUCAUCAACUGUGCGUACGUGAAGUGGGGAACGCUUGUCCAGGACAUCUUCACGUACGCAAAGCUCAUGGCGCUCAUCCUGGUCAUCGUCAUGGGGAUCCUCAAGAUCUCUUCAGGGGAGACAAGGAACUUUGACGCUCCAUUCGAAGGGUCUUCUUCGGAGCCCGGAGCCAUUGCCCUGGCUCUUUACUCUGCACUCUUUUCCUACUCGGGCUGGGACACGCUCAACUUCGUCACAGAGGAAAUUCAGAAUCCGGAGAGGAACCUGCCACUGGCCAUUGCCGUCUCUAUGCCCAUAGUGACCAUAAUCUACCUGUUGACCAACGUGGCGUAUUAUGUGGUGCUGGACAUGCCGUCCCUGUUGGCUAGCGAUGCAGUGGCUGUGACCUUUGGGAACGCCGUCUUGGGCCCUUUCAGUUGGAUCAUCCCAGUGGCGGUGGCCAUGUCCUGCUACGGAGGACUCAACGCCUCCGUCAUCGCCGCCUCGCGGUUGUUUUUCGUGGGGGCCAGAGAGGGCCACCUUCCAAACAGCCUGAGUUUGAUCCACAUGGAGCGAUACACUCCCAUUCCUGCACUGCUGUUCAAUGGCCUGAUGGGCCUGAUCUUCCUUUGUGUUGAGGACGUCUUCCAGCUCAUCAACUACUUCAGCUUCAGCUACUGGCUCUACGUGGGCCUCUCCGUUGCCGGCCUUAUCUACCUGCGCUACACCCAGCCGCUCAGACACAGACCUGUCAAGCUGCCUCUGGUCUUCCCAAUCCUCUACUGUGUAUGUAGCCUGUUUCUGGUGGUGGUUCCUCUCUACAGCGACACCAUUAACUCCCUCAUAGGGAUAGGGAUCGCUCUCUCUGGGGUCCCUGUCUACUACGUGGCCAUUUACCUGCCUGAGGACAACAGACCCAAACUCAUCGGCACAAUGAACGCCUUCUUCACCAGGUACACCCAGAUGCUUUGUUACUGCUGCCUCACCGAGCUGGACACCGAGACCGGGGCCCCAAUGGUUGAUGAAACACAGUGAGGGGGGGGCCCAGUCGGCAGCACCCCACAAAACACCCACUGUGCCUGGACACUCCCAGAGCAUAGAGCGGAUCGGAGUAUGCUAUCCUCAUUAUCAUCAUGGAUGUGGGAAGGCAGCAUACUGUCUGUCCAGUUCAGCGACCUGACAACGUAAACAAACACACUGCCAUCAAGAGGAGGAGGAGGAGCAAAGCUUGAUUGUGUUUCAUUAAAGGAUACCAUCUGGAUAUUUCUACCUUGACAAUAUUUUCCCAUCAUUUUUGGUUUAAAGGACUAAUGCAUAGCACAAUUUCUUUUAAUUGGUCCAGUACUGAGCGAGACCGUUGCAGCCGAAAUCCGUUAAACUGGCUACAAAAUAAUCCUUAUUGGGAAAUAUGUGCUUUUUUUUUCUUUGAAGUACUUUUGGAUGUUUAUAUAUGCCCAUGUUGGAAGUGAAAAGAUUUAGUGUGAAUACAAUAGUUUUAUAGAACCACAGUUAUAUAAUUAGUACCAUACCACAAAUUAUAUGAAACUGUUAUGGAUUUGUAAUAAACACAUUUCAAUUUUGAUAUAAUAGGUGCAUGGUGCCAUUAGAGAGUGCCACAGCACAGCCACUAUGAGCAGUCACAAAGUGACCCUCCAUGUCAGCCCAACCUUCCCAACGGCAGAAACCUAGGGAGCCGGAGAGACGUUUCACUGAAGUACUUUAAUCAAGUCAAAUUAAGGUUAUUGUACUUUUACUUAAAUACUGAUGGAUUCCAAAGUAAACAUUGUCUUCUAUUUGUACUUAGACAUUGUUACGGCCACAUUGGCCUUUCAGUCGUCAUUGUGUGUGUGCUAUUCGUUUUGUCUGCCUUUGCUCUCAUUGGCCUGGUCCUGAAUAUUCCACUGUCUUCUGCCCCGUUUCUUUGUUACGUCUGAGCCGCGUAACAACAUGCACGUUUAAAUAAAAAGUAGGAUUGAAAGAAGGACAUCCAAGUAUUGUAUAUUAUUCUUCCACUCUGUACAGGGUUUACAUACAAGCUAUAUGUAGCCCUAGUGGGCAGUAGAGCAUUCAGAUAUGAACUUGUCAAUAGGUUCGUAAUGAGGGAAAGAAUAAAAUGACAAAACAAUGAUUAACUGGAGCCAAAGGUUAACUUUUAGAUUUACUGUAUUCAACCUUGUAGAAAAAUAAUAAAAUAGAUUUCAGUGCAAUCAAGCAUAUUCAGGAAUUCCACAAUUUAGACCCUAACAUUAGGUCGGAAACAAUUAUCGGUAAACACCAUGAAAUGCCUGAAAAAUGUCCAUAAGGAAAAAAUGUAAUAUAAACAAAGAUAAAUUCCUUGCAAAUGUUCCUUUAAUUGCCUUGGUUCGGCCAGUUCAGCGUACUUUAGUCAAAAAAGGGGAAUGUCAAGUCAGAAGUCAAAAAGUAAAAGUCAAUUGGUCAUGUCAGAGCGCUUUCUCCCGAUAUGCUCAAGUGAUUGAUGUAAAGGAAGAUUGGUAUCCUCCUCGGCACAGGUGAUGUCGGUCCACUCCUUUGGAUAAGGAGGUGUCUUCACUAGCUCGCCACCCCUUCGUCAAGGGGAAUUCCAUCAAGAUUCUCAAGGGUUUCCAAGGACUCCAAAAAACCUAGCCUUUAGUAAAAAACAGGCUAUUACUACAUGGGUCUUAGAAUAAUACUCUUUAUGGCCAUAAUGGAUAUCAUCAAAAUCCUCAACAUACUGUUGAACCACCAUAGUAAUACAAUGAAUGAAUUAUCUUUUUUAACUGUACAGCUUUUUUCCACACAUGAAAUGUGUUAAUCUUUUGACUAAAUAUGAAUUAUAUUUAGCUAUUUAUCAUGAAUCACAAUCACUUCAACUCUUUUAACCAUGAA